UCGAAUACAUUGACGGCAUUACUACAACAACGUCAGCUGGGACGUCCGACUGCCCGCCAGAUCCGUAGCCAGGCUUCCGACAACCUCGAAAAAUCUUGGACUUGGAAGGGCGCUUCCGGUGAUGUGAUUGUCUUGGGGUGGUCACCCGAUGGUACCAAGUUCGCAGCCGGCGCAGCUGCCCAGUGCGAUGAACACAAUAUGGCAUACAACCGAAAUAACAACCUGCUGUUCGGAAAUUUGACUCAGAAUACUUUACACGAGCUACCGGAUCACUGGGCAUACCGACCGCAGAUGAGGGCCGCGAACAAUCUGACCCUACAAGACUCUCGCCUUUACAUGAGUGUGACGGCUAUCGAGUGGUGGGAUGACGCCCUCUUUACAGCUAGUUAUGAUCACACAGUCAGGCUGUGGCAUCCGUCAAGCAAAGGUACCGGGUGCUUCGAACGAUUGUGGCAUGAUACCAGGGUUGAAGUGAUGGCCCGCUCGAGAUACGUGCCCAAUUUACUGGCAACGGGGACGCGUGAGAUCGGCCUUUGGAGAUUGGACGAACGUACUUACACAUCCCUCGAAACCCGCAAAUCUCGUUCGAACAAGUGCAUCGAGAUGGUGCCUUCCUCUCUUGCGUGGGGCACGAUUCAAGAAACUGGCAAUAUCCUCCUUGCCGGAUUGUCUGAAAAGGGCCACGAUAGCCUAACGCCCGAUGGCCAGUUGGUAGCUUGGCAAGUGAGCGAAGCUUCAAUCACGCCUCUCAACCUUUUACCCGGCUCCCAAAACGUAUUCGAUAUUAAGUGGCACCCGUCUUUACCAGUUGCUGCCGUGGCGAACUACAUUGCUCACUUCCCGUACAAGGCCUACAAAGAUAGCAGAUCAUCCGUUCGUAUCUAUGAGCCGCUGACAUCGAAAGUCAGUGUCAUGGAAUUCGAAUGCCCUGCUCUGGAUAUCAAUGACGUGACAUUUUGUCCUACGAACACGAAUUACCUCACUGCUAGCUGCACCGAUGGUGCGACAUACGUCUGGGACUAUCGCAACCCGACAGAGAUUCUCCACAAACUUCAGCAUGGUGAAGCGCUGAAUCCGAUUGAUCAGGAUCAGAGUCGCGAGCAAGCAGAUGUUGGCGUGAGAACGGCUCUGUGGGGCGACACGGUUCGCGAAUUCUACAGUGGAGCCUCCGACGGGGUGCUGAAAAGAUGGAAUAUUCUCCGAGCGCCAGAAGAUGUCCUCGAGAAAGACGUUGCGAAUAUCCACGAAGAGAUCAUGAGCCUCUCCUUUUCACCGGAUAAAACCAAUCUCUUAGUCGGGGAUGCCGCUGGCGGCAUCCACAUCCUAUCUUCGGGGCCCUUCUCGCGCACAAAUGAUAAUGCUAUAGAGUACAAACCUGCAUGUGAACCAUCAAGGACCGUAGCCCCCGAUGAGCCGGACUCUGGAGUCGCUGCAGGCGCCGAAUUACUGCGGUCUGGCCAGCUCGAGCGGCAUCCUGUCUAUGGGGUUGGAAAAGGCCCGUACUAUGACGGUCCAUUCGCGGCGUGGGCCCGGCCAGAGAAUACGCCGUCUGACGAGCUUGCGUAUACGAGGUUGGCAGACGAGUGGCAGGCUCUGCAGCUCGAUGGACUUGAUCCUAGGUAUCGGUUUGCCCUGGAAGAGAAGGACCGACAGCAGGUGGAAUUGCAACGGAAGAUCGCGCAGGCACGGAACCAGCGGGCUGGCUACAAGAAACGGGUCCACGAGGAUGCGAAGGACGUCAUUAAUUUGUGCAGCGACGAGGAGUCAGAGAUCUCCGAGCCACCCUUCAAACCCAAGCGGCGACUGGCGGAAUCACAGAGGCCUUCUAUCUCAUUUGCACCUCCUGGCUCAACUGUACAUCCUGUCUCAACUACACCUCCCACCUCGUCCGCACCGGUUCGUCCUCGCUUGUCGAGUCCUGUCGAUGAAGAUCUGCGCGAGGCGCUAGAGGAAGAUUUCUGGUGGCCGCCGAACGAAACGGUGGAUCCAAAUUUCAAAGAUGACUGA